GCGCCAAAUGGAGGCUAUUGUUUAUUUAAAAUCCAUCCAAAAUUUUCCCUCGAACGCGAUUAGUCUAAAAGCAACUAAACGCGUGACGUGCUUAAAUAGUCUAACUGUGCCCCAGCUAAAACUGGGGGAUAUCCGAGUGAUAUUCCGGCAGUCUUAGCGUUUCAUUUUGAAAAUUUGUUGUGAAGAGACAUAAACAUUUAUAGUCAAACUUUACAAGCGACAACCACGAUUCCCUUCUUUAAACGGAUUUAACCUUAGAUCUACCGUGAGAGGUUACUACCGGGUGGUUGAUGAUUGCCUUCAUCAUCAACUGUCGUUUUGUGUGACAUUGUGUGGAUAUUACACUGUAAAACUGGUCCUUGAUAUAAUGAUAUUUUGUUAUUACUGUGAAUCCCCUCAUUCUGAUUGGCUAAUAAAUGAGAGCGAUGUUUGAUCGUCUGGAGUGGCGACUCAUCGCCGUGACCUAGAGAUCAAAUAUCAUUUAUAAACGAAACUAGGACCUUUAUCUUUCAAGGUCCACAUGAUUCUCUGACAUUCAUUUUGAAGGAAAAAUCAUCCGUAAGCUCAUGAACUGAAUGCCAAGUACAACCUCGUUUUCAGGCAAGACUGACGUAUACACCCGGAGGGGGAAGGGGGUUCUUCUGUGAUGAUAUGUGCUAUGAAAGUAUGUGCGGCCCAACAUGGUAUGGGUUUUCAGCCGUUUUGGCAUAAAUAGGGUAUAAAUUUUGCCAUUUUGGUCAUAGAUAGGGUAUCGUUUUUGCACUCUAAUCUUCAAUUGGGUACGGUUUAAGAAGAAGCUACUUUUUCAUCAUUAUCGAUAAGACCAUCAACAAAAAAGCCCUUCUCAAAUUACGGCACAUCAGUCUGAACUAAGGAAAUAAUUAUGUAAGGCAGGUCUGAAACAGAGUAUUGAUUUAAGGGUCAGGCCAUAAAUGGGGUAUCGAAUUUUAGGUCAUGUCAAAAAUAGGGUGGGAAAAAUCGCAGAUUUUGGUCAUAAAUGGGGUAAGGGUUUUGGGAGCCGGGCUGCACACCCCCACCCGAUUUUUCUGGGAGUACCCCCCAGGCAUAUACAUCUGUGCUGCCACGACUCGUCCCUUCGAGUCAGGUUUCUUGUGAUAUCAUCGAUAUUGAAAUGGUGAUGAUUAAUUUUAUCCCAUGCCAUUUGCUGUUCAAUUCUCUCCUCGUCGGAAAUAAAUUUUCCUCCGUGCGGCACAUUUUCAUUUUGACUCAAUGCUUUGUUUUGCUGAAUCUGUGACGUUCCGGGCCGGUUCAAAAUGCUUCUCUUCGGCAUGAUAUCUCUUAAAAACCAAUAUUUUAAUGCUAUUUUAAAAUUUUUAAGUAUUAUUGUAUAAAGUUACCUAGUAAAAUAUUGAUCAAUUACGGAAAUACUGAUGACCUUCUCCAAUUCUUUUUAAGUACGACGUCCCUAAGUGCAACAUCAGUGUACUUCAGAACUUAGAACAAUGAACACGGCAUGGUAAAGGCGCCAAUUUUCUACAUAUUCAUUUCUUAGCCAAUAUUAUUAAGUAACUAAACGACUGCAUCAUCAAUUUUCCGUAUUACAAGCUAAACAGAUUUUGUGAAUGAAAACGUGCCAUACACUAAGGAAUUUGUUUCUUCAGCCACGGACUGAGCCGAGGAAGCGCUGAACUGAGCUGAAGCCCCAGCCGGGAAGUCGUAAAGAUAAGUGCGAGCCGGUCACGAUCAGCGAUCAUCAUAAAAGAAACUCUUGAAAUCUAACUGAACCGGGUUUCAGUCAAAAGACUCUGUACCAAUUUACGCCUUCUCUGAUGGCUCUUUCAAACGCUGCUAUUUCCAUCGUUUCAGUCGCGGCUGCGGUUCUGUGCUCAUUGAUGUUACGUUCUGACUGUAAACCUACAGUUCAUGGACUUCGUUUGGAGAGCUACUCAGAGGAGCAAGUCAAAGGAUGUUACAACUACAAUCAGACCUUGAGCAUUUGCUUUGAUGUUGGCAAAGACUUCAUGAAAUUAGCUACGAAGACAGGAGAAGAAAUUGUGUUUCAUAUGGAACUUGGUCCAAAUAUGUUCUACUACAACGUUUUAGGCCGAGGAUUUAUCGGAUACGGUCCGUCAAUGAUUUACGUUCCCGAUGACAUUCUUAGCGUGGUGACUGAAAUCCGUGAGUUUCUGGUGACGGCCCAAACCGCCGAGAAAACAGCCACAGAAUUUGAGGCGCUAAAAACAAACUACCAAGAAGCUGUACGGGAUUUGCACUACGUUCAGGAAGUUCAACUUCUAGAACUCGUGUCCGUAGCGCUGAACAACAACUCCACCCAACUGGACAUUCUGAAGCCGUUUCAUGCCCUGUGUUUCAAUCUCCUGAAGACGUCUAACAUUCAGACUCCAGUCGAACUGAGAGCUGGGUAUGACUUAGAUGAUGAAACCGCUGAACAGCUCGGCAAAAGAAAUAAGCGUUGCAGCAGUCUGACAAGUGAUCCACAUAACAACACUUGUACAGGCAUGUGUGGUCCUAGCUGCACGUGCUGGACAUGGGUGUGUGGAGAUUGCUGUUGGUAUUCGGGAUGUUAUAAGCACGAUAUGUGUUGUGAUAAAAAUCCUCUGGGCGCGCAUUGUCUCGUCCCAUGGUUUUACGAGUUUACUUGUGAUAGUUACGUGACAUGUUAACAAAAGCCUUCAAAAGCUCAUUUAUUUACUACUCAAAGUCAUCACUUCAAUAAGAGUAUUCUGUUCCAUAGUUAAAAAAGAAAUUAAAUUUUAAGUUUAAUUUAAGGUUGGUUGCAAAAAUUACAUACCUUUAAGGUUUUUUUUGGUUGCAAGUUACUAGAUGCAUUUGUUCUUUUAAAAUUUUAAUUCUUCUUGAGUUUUGGCAAAGCUGUUUUGUAAAACCAAGAUUUCUGCAGGAAGUAUUAAUAACUAAAAUGAUCUCAAUUCACAACACUGGAACAGCAGUCAUGCAUUCUAUGGAGUUUAAGGAGGCUUAUGUAUUUUUCAAACAGUGCACACAAUACAGUUAAACUUCUCCUCGCACAUUUACAGACAUCUCUAUAUUAAGGACAGUUCACUUGAUCCCAGCCAAACCAGAAUUCACGUCAUCUCUUCCUCUAAAAUACGGCAUUCCCCAGUCCAUACUAGGGACACUCAGAUCUGCCCCUUGGAUCUGUCCAUAUCAAAGAGGUUUGAUUGUAUCAAGUCUGCUAUAGCAUGUCUACUCUUAAAAUAAUGUGCUCCUCAGCCUGGGCAACAAGGAACAGCCCAUUUCCGAGUUGCCCUAAGCUCCUCUUUGAUGGACACCAAGACUCGCUUUAGGAAAGAGGUUGAAUUAGGUAAUACUGAAAUGUGUAGUUCCAGAAAAUAUCCAUACUUCCCCUACAGAAGGGAUUGUUUAUGAACAGAGCAGAGAUUUUCAUUUCAUGAACUCAAACUUGUGUCAGAGUUUGGAUCUUGGAGCUGAGUUUCUAGUUCAAGUUCAAGUAUCUACAUUAGUCACUGUUUUCUGCCUAAAAGCAGCCUGGUUAGCCUGAUUAGCACUCCAGCCAACAGACCAUUGCCAACCCUUAUUGGCACUCCUUUUAGCCUAAUAAUUAUUAGCAAUCUGCUUAGUCUGAGAAGUUCCAAAACAAAAACAAAAACAAAAAAA